GGUGUUGGGUUUCUAUAGAAGCCAAUCAGCGUGGCCUUGGUCCCGAUUCUAAAGUCCCCACGCACCCACCGGGACUCAGGUUCUCUCCAAAUACGGAGGUUGGGGUCAUGGCGCCCCGAACCCUCCUCCUGCUGCUCUUGGGGGCCCUGAUCGUGACCGAGACCUGGGCGGGGUCACACUCCUUGAGGUAUUUCAGCACCGCCACGUCCCGGCCCGGCCGCGGGGAGCCCCGAUACAGGUACAUCGGAGUGGGCUACGUGGACGACACGCUGUUCGUGCGGUUUGACAGCGACGACCCGAGUCCGAGGAUGGAGCCGCGGGCGCCGUGGGUGGAGCAGGAGGGGCCGGAAUAUUGGGAGCACCAGACACGGGUCGUCAAGGCCAACGCCCAGACUGACCGAGUGAAACUGCGGAAACUGCUUGGCUACUACAACCAGAGCGAGGACGGGUCUCACACCCUCCAGGGCACUAAUGGCUGCGAUGUGGGACCCGAUGGACGCUUCCUCCGCGGGUAUCACCAGCACGCCUACGACGGCAAGGACUACAUCUCCCUGAACGAGGACCUGCGCUCCUGGACCGCGGCGGACACAGCGGCUCAAAUCACCCAGCGCAUGUAUGAGGCAGAAAAAUAUGCAGAGGAGUUCAGCAUCUACCUGAAGGGCGGGUGCGUGGAGUGGCUCCACAGAUACCUGGAGAACGGGAAGGAGACGCUGCAGCGCGCGGAUCCUCCAAAGGCACACAUUGCCCACCACCCUAUCUCUGACCAUGAGGCCACCCUGAGGUGCUGGGCCCUGGGCUUCUACCCUGCAGAGAUCACGCUGACCUGGCAGAGGGAUGGGGAGGAGCAGACCCAGGACACGGAGCUUGUGGAGACCAGGCCCGCAGGGGAUGGAACCUUCCAGAAGUGGGCAGCUGUGGUGGUGCUUUCUGGGGAGGAGCAGCGAUACACGUGCCAUGUGCAGCACGAGGGGCUGCCGGAGCCCUUCACCCUGAGAUGGGAGCCAUCUUCCCAGCCCACCGUCCCCAUCGUGGGCAUGGUUGCUGGCCUGGUUGUCCUUGGAGCUGUGGUCACUGGAGCUGUGAUGUGGAGGAAGAAGAUCUCAGGUUGGGAAGGGGACAUUUUCUUCCCACAGAUAGAAACAGAGAGAGCUACUCUCAGGCUGCAACGUGAGAUAGCCGCCUUGUGUGGGACUGAGAAGCAAGAUUUGUUCACGCCUCCCUUUUGUGACUUUGAGUACCCUGAAUUCUCUUUCUGUAAAGGUGUCCAAAUGUGUCUUCGUCCCUGUUAGUAUAAUGUGAGAAGGUGGGGGACCAGUCCACCCCCAUGUCCUCCAUGACCCCCUUCCCUGCACGGCCCCAUGUUGUUUCUGCCCAGUUAUGUUUCCUCUUCCAGAGACAUGGGGCUUGGAUGUCUUUAUGUCUGUCUGAACUUCAUGGUGUACUGAGCUGCAAUUUCCUGCUUCCCUAUUAAAUUAGAAUCUGAGUAUAAAUUUACUUCUUCAAAUUCUUGCCAUGAGAGGUUGAUGAGUUAAUUAAAGGAGGAGAUUACUAAAACUUAUGAGACAAAAUAAAUGGAAGACCUGAGAACCUUCCGGAGUCUA